AUAAGACCAGUGUCGGUCCUCCCGCCGCCGAUUACUAUUUUCUUUCUUCUUCAAAUCAAAAGAAGAUAAAGUUGAAUAGACUCAUAUGGAAUCCAGCGGAUCCAUGGCGUCUGGUACCGCGAAUGAGGCGGAGACGACGAAGCAGACUCAUUCUUUGCAAAGACAAUGGACCUUUUGGUUGGAUAACCAAUCCAAGCCUAAGCAAGGCGCCGCCUGGGGCACCUCCCUUCGAAAGGUCCACACUUUCGAAACCGUUGAGGAGUUCUGGUGUCUAUACGAUCAGAUCUUCAAGCCUAGCAAGUUGCCUACGAAUGCUGACUUUCAUCUGUUUAGAUCCGGAAUUGAGCCCAAGUGGGAAGAUCCUGAAUGUGCAAAUGGAGGCAAAUGGACUGUAACCAGCAGUGGAAAGUCUAAUCUAGACACCAUGUGGCUUGAAACUCUAAUGGCUUUGAUUGGAGAACAAUUUGAUGAAGCUGAUGAUAUAUGUGGUGUUGUUGCAAGCGUUCGCCCGAGACAGGAUAAAAUUGCGCUAUGGACCAAGAGUGCGUCGAAUGAGGCUGCUCAGAUGGGCAUAGGGAGGAAAUGGAAGGAAAUCCUUGAUGUGAACGAUAAGCUUACUUACAGUUUUCAUGAUGAUUCUAGACGCGACAGAUCAGCAAAAAGCCGAUACAAUGUAUGAUGAUGCCCAUGAAGAACCUAUAAGCUGCGGUAAAGAAAACAUUUUACAGUUUGAAUCUGUAUUGUAAAAUCAAUAGCAGCCAUGGUUGUACAAUGUUUUUCCUAAAUUCAACUAAUGUAUUCAUAUGCCCUGCCUUAUUGGAUUUCCAUUUAUUAAAUUGAACAUUCAUGAUGAAAUUAUCUGCAA